AUGGGGAGCCCAGCCACGGGAGCCCAGGCACAGAGUCGGGAGCCCAGCUGCAGAAUCCACUCACCAGCGCUGAAAGGGGAGCUCUGGAAGCCAAGGUGUCUGGGAGAAUUAAAGAAAGAAAACAUCCAGAUGUGGAGUUCUCUGCAUCAUUUCUAUUCUACUCCAUUGACCUACAAGUCUGUUUUUGUGCCAGUACCAGGCUGCUUUGAUGAUGACUACUGUGUAAUAAGUCUUGAAAUCAGACAAGAAGGAAACAUCACAAUGUAUGACAAUGUUAUUCCAAUCAUUAAAUCUAGCAAAAAAUCACAGAAUCAAGAACACCUCACUUUGACAUUUCCCAAACCACCUCAGCCAGGUAGAGAAGAGAAAUCAACACCUUCAGAACUACAAAUUACAGUUCCUAGGCAUUACAAAAGAAAAUUAGAGGAAGGUCAGAAGCCAACUCAUAAAUGGAUAAGGCAUUCUUUAAGAAAAAGUUUCCAAAGACCAAUUAUGUACUUAGCUACCAGAAGACAGGCUCCAUUCCCAUAUAUGCGUACACCCAAAUCCCCUCCUAAAAAGGCACAAACUAAGAAGUCCAGAGAUGACAAAAAAGGAACAGCUUUGAAGAAAAAUUUCAAGAGAAAAACAGAUCUAUAUACUACAAAUGUAGAUUCUGUGAAAACAACGCAAGAUGAGAAACGUAAAGGAAGAACUAAAGCGUUUAAAUCACCAAAAACAUCACAUGAAAAUGAGCUAUUUGGUAAAUCGGAGUGCAAGUCAGAAACAAACCAAGAAUCCAAAGUGCCUAAUGUAGUCUCAAAAAAGGAUAAAAAUAACAAUAGGAAAGAUUCAAAGAAUUGUGAGGAGACAGAUAUUUCAACCGUAUGUGCCAAGAACAGUGCAAAGAAUAAGAGCUCAAAUAUCAAUUGUGAUGUCAAGUUACAGACUUACUCAAACGAUAGUAUAAAUAUUAGUUUAUUGAUACCUGUAGAGGAAUCUAGUGGUGACUCUAUGGAUUUUGAAGCAUGGUUUAAGAAUUACUCACAAAAUAAUUCAAAGAAACCUGGAAAGAAGGACACAAAGAAGGAUGCAAAGAAAGAUGACAAGAAGAAGGAUGCAAAGAAGGAUGCAGAGUCUACCGAUGCUGAAUCUGGAGAAUCAAAGGAUGCAAAGAAAGCUGGAAAGAAGGACACAAAGAAGGAUGCAAAGAAAGAUGACAAGAAGAAGGAUGCAAAGAAGGAUGCAGAGUCUACUGAUGCUGAAUCUGGAGAAUCAAAGGAUGCGAAGAAAGAUGCAAAGAAGGACACAAAGAAAGCUUCCAAGAAAGACGACAAGAAGAAGGAUGCAAAGAAGGAUGCAGAGUCUACCGAUGCUGAAUCUGGAGACUCAAAGGAUGCGAAGAAAGAUGCAAAGAAGGACACAAAGAAAGCUUCCAAGAAAGACGACAAGAAGAAGGAUGCAAAGAAGGAUGCAGUCUCUACUGAAUCUGAAUCUGAAGCAGAAGCAAAGGGCAAGAAAGAUGACAAGAAGGAUAAGAAAGAAUCAAAGAAAGAUGGCAAACGAAAGUCGGUCGUUUUGGAUUCCAAAUCUACUGAUGCCGAUUCUGAAUCUGAAGGCGAUUCAAAAAAGGGUAAAAAAGAUGACAAGAAGAAAGGUUCAAAGAAAGAGGACAAAAAGGAUGCAAAGAAAGCUGCAGAGUCUACUGAAACUGAAUCUGAUUUGGAUUCAAAGAAAGGGAAGAAGCCUUCAAAGAAGGAAAAGAAAGAUUCCAAGAAGGAUGAUGCAAAGAAGGAAUCAGAGUCUACUGAUAUGGAAUCUGAUGCGUCUUCCAAGGCAGGCCUCAAGAAGGCUGCGAAGGCCAAAAGUUCAGAUGCUGAAUCUGAAGACUCACUAGGUAAACCUGCAGCUAAAAAGAAAGCUGAUGAUUCAGACGCUACAUCUGUAGAUUCCAAGAAGGGAGGAGAACCAAGGAAAGGAUUCAGAAUGUCAUCCAAAAAGACAACAUUCAAAGAAAAGGGGAAAAAACCAAGUACAGGUAGAGUGCCUCCAUCAAGACAAAGACCACCACUUCCUCCUUGUGAGCCUUUACUGCCAUCACCUAAGGUCAAACGUCUCUGUCGGUGCAAGACAACUCCUCCACCACCAAAACCAAGAUAUGCUCCUUUGCCUGAAGCAGAGUGGAUUCGUAAGCUGCUCUAA